AUGGAAGAUUCUGCAGCCAAAGACCAAUCCUCUGCCUCUGGUAGAUCGACCUCGAGGCUCCUCCGUUAUCCUCUCCGAUCGGCAACCAAACAGAAGGAAGAGAAACUGCCGUUGGCCGACUCCUCAAACCCCAUCUCCGCCGCAAAAAGGGCAAGGGUUCCAUCUAGUGUGAGCAAAAGUGUAGGUCUUCUCGACCUCUCUGCGAAGGAGAAAUCUUCGGCAAAACCUCCUAGGCGGCUCUCGGCGCCUAACAAAAAACAAAAUCUCACCCCAACUCCAAAAUCUGUCGGCAGUAUCACUCCGAUUUCUGAGACGCGAACACAGAGGUCUGCCAUCAGCCAGGGAAAAAGUGAGACGCCACGUUCUGACAUUUCAAGGUUGUCGGCUCGAAAGAAAUUCAGUACUCUAUCUUCUGCGUCUUAUUGGCUGUCUCAGAUUAAGCUGUCUGAAUCUGCUGCUAAGCACUCUAUCUCCCUUGGUUUCUUUAAGCUUGCUCUGGAGGCUGGGUGUGAGCCUAUACAUCGAUUGACUGACGAACUAAAGUCAUACGUGCGCCGCCAUGACCUUUCUGAAUUUGGAGAUCUAGUGAAAGUGGUUUUCGAAGGGUAUAAGAUUCCAGAAAGCUUUGUGCCAUCCCAGGAAUCUGGAAACUGUUUUCAGGUGCCUUCGGAGGGCAAUCCUUUUUCAGACGAUGAUGUUAAAAGCUCUUCAUCUUCUAUAACGGAUGCUGAGAAGGAGCAGCAAAAGCCUGUGGACAUAAUAAUAAAUGCUGAUGAGACUGAGCAAGUCAAGAAAGAAAGUAGAGAGGAUUCUGAGAAGGAUAAUACUGUGAAGACUACCAAAAGGUCGGUGCCGAAGAGGGCCGCUAGCUCUAAGCCUGAUUUGGAAGUCAAAGGUCGAGGUGUACAAAAGAAAAACCAGAAGCCGACAAAGCAAGAAUCUUCUCAGGUCAAGGACAAAGUGAAGAAGCAGGGAAAGAAAUCAGUUCAAGAGGAAGUUGCUUAUUCUCUUAUUCUGAAAUCUCCCGCAGAGGAAACCCAUGAAGAUGGCAAAGAAAACAUGGUUGCGUCCGAGAUGCCAGAGAUUGGUCGAAUCGAGAUCUAG